AUGGCAUCGUCAUCGUCACCAACAGCCUCCUCUUCAGAUCCUCCCUCAGCCUCUUCACGACUCACACCAACUUAUGACAAUGCACUACACCUACUUUCUCUUCUUCAAUCCAACAAGUCCGUCGUCAACCUCUUCGCCGGUGAGCCGGCCGCUACCGCCGAUCUCAAUGCCCGUGCCAUCCCGGAGGUCGUCGCCUGGCUGAAGCGGGCCGGUUACGUCCCCGCUGACUUGGCCCGCCUGCGCUGUAUACAUGUCGCGGGAACCAAGGGCAAGGGCUCAGUUAGUGUCCUCGUCUCCUCCGUCCUCGGCCGGUACCCGGACAUCGCCGGCCGGGUCGGUCUGUACACGUCUCCACAUCUGGUCUCCGUGCGCGAGCGCAUCCUGAUCGACGGGCAGCCUAUCAACCGGGCCCUAUUCACCCGGUACUUCUUUGAAGUGUGGAAUCGUCUAUCAGAUGCUGCUCGGCAGGCCGGUGAAGCGGCCCCGGAUGGAGAUGAGUUGGGCCUGGAUGGCCCGACUACGAAGCCGUUCUACUUCCGUUUCUUGACUAUCAUGGCAUUCCAUGUUUUCCUUAGUGAAGGAGUGAGAUCAGCUGUUAUUGAGUGCGGGAUCGGUGGGGAGUAUGACUCUACGAAUGUUCUCCCUGCCGAGGCAGUCACCGUCUCUGCCAUAACACAGCUCGGCAUCGAUCACGUAGGGAUGCUAGGCGAUACAGUGGAGAAGAUUGCCUGGAACAAAGCCGGGAUAUUCAAGCGCGGCGUUCCGGCUUUGACACGUCGUUUGUCAAGCCAAGAGAGUGUUAUGAAGGUGCUGCGAGACAGAGCUGAGGAAAAGGGUGCCAUCUUAACAGAUAUCAGUGACGAGUCUGUUGAGAAAUGGGAAGGUGUGCCCGGUGCAAAACUUGAGGGCGCCUUUCAGAAAUAUAACAUGGCUCUUGCAGUGGCCAUUGCACGGGAACACUUCAUGAGACUUGGGCACACAUUCGAGGGAGAUUUCGGGGGCAACAACUACAGCCUACAGUCAAUGCCUGAAGAGUUUAGGGAAGGGCUAACUACUGCAACUCUAAGAGGUCGAUGUGAGACCGUGGUGAAGGAUGGAAUUCAGUGGUACCUGGACGGAGCGCAUACCGCCGACAGUCUAGCUCAGGUUGGCGAGUGGUUCUCAACGAAAAUUAUGACAAAGGCAGAAACAGUUCGCAUCUUGAUUUUCAAUCAACAGGAUCGAGACUCUGAGGCCCUCCUUCGAACUCUAUUGGAAAGUAUACAGAAGGAAGCGAAGUUUGCAAACAACAAGAUCUUCAACUACGCAUAUUGUCCAAGGAACGACCCUCCAGUCGUCGACAUAUUCGAGCCCCCUCGCGAUCUUACCGUUCAGAGGAGGAAUUGCAAGGUGAUCAGGGACUUUUGCCCGUACACAACAGCUACGCCAGCCGAUAGCAUAUCAACGGCUGUCGACAUGGCGAAGAGCAUCGCGGCGACACACAUCAACAAGAAACAUGCCAGGGUACAAAUAUUAGUCACAGGAAGCUUCCAUCUGGUAGGGCCCGUCCUACAGAUAUUAGAUCCCGGUGAUGAACCUUAA